AUGGUCACAAUAAUUCCGCUGCCCUUGAAAACAGACACGUUGGAGUUUCUGCUAGACCAGGCUAAAGAUUUUGCUAUUACACACGGAAUAACUAGUUGUAAUACUAAUGACCAGCCCCAGGUUGCUUCACACAUGUUGUUGCCUUCCCCUAUUAUAAGAAAAAGGUUUGCAGAAGCUGUAGAAGUUACGAAAGAUUUCAACGAGCUCUAUCAUAAAGUUGCGCAUGAUUACAACUUCCUAAGAGAUGCUUUAAAAAGUGUACUAGCAGUUGAUAGUUUCACCAAAGGAUUGUGGAACAUCUAUGAAACUGUAAGAAAUGAAGGCAUCGCACAGUGCAUCUAUUGUAUUGCCAUUUUAGGGAACAAUUUCUUUGGAGAUGACAUCAAAGAAUUGCUAUCUAAGAUUAAAGAUUUAAAUGAAAGAACACAGUAUAUUUUAAUGGAAAGAAUCAGACCACUUGUGUUCAAAAACUAUGCAGUAUGGGCAGACAAAUCAGUUGAAUUAUGCGAUAUGGUCAGUGAAUUGGGAAUAUAUGGAGUCAUAAUAGGGACAGCAGAUCACAUUAUAAUGAACAAAGAAUGUGGGCAUCUGGUACGAACUAAAACUCUGGGUACUAAUGAAGGUGGUUUAUCUAAGGAAUUUGCGUCUCUAGACAGUCCAUAUCUUGUGUAACUACACGUGUAGAAUCGGCCAAUUGAUAUAAAGAAUAAAUACUGAUGAAGGCGGUAUAUCUAAGGGCUUUGCGUCUCUAAACAGUCCAUAUGUUGUGUAA